CUUUAGAGUACUGCUUUUGACCUUGGGAGCACACCUAACAAAGUGUGGUGUCCAGCUUUUACCUGGUGCAAUUCAAUAAUGUUUGAUGAAAGAUGUCCCGGUUCAAUGUUCUCCUAUUCUUGUGUCAACGUGGAUAUCCAUCCUUCACGAAUGCUGCAAGUGUCAAGAAUAUCAGAAAGUCUCCCAGUCUUUCCAUCGAAAGCUUUACGUACUUCUAUCUCCUCCAAUGCACGAUUUUUUGCUAACGAAUGGUUAGUUGUGGUCGCUGGAAACAAGUUGUUUCUAUGGAAGUAUAUAAAAUCUUCAAACACACAACUUCAUUCCUCUUGCAUAAGCUUCGAUUUACCGGCUAGUGAUCUACCUCAUAGUGCUUCACUUAUUGGAUUACUAUUCCCUUCAAAUGAUGUUGAAACAACAUCCUUGCCUACUGGUUGCUUAGCGCUUAGUUCAUGUGGUGGUAAUCUGCGUCUAUGGCCCCGAUUAACUCGUAACUAUGUUCAUGUGGAUUCUGUGUUGCCAGCCCCGAUUGGUGGUUUACUUGGAGAUCAAGCAAUACAGUUAGAACAUAUUCAUGUAG